GCCAAGGAUUGUUGUGUCACCGUUUUAGGUGGUCAAGCAACCGAUGGAUGUCAGUCAACUACGCAGUCUGUCAGUCAACCAAUAAAUCUGUCAGUCAACUAAUUAACCAAAACACAUAGCGGGAAGUGUUUUUGCGCCUUUAGCAGCUAGGACGGAGUGCCGGCCGCAUGCAAAAAGAGACCGAUCGGGACAGUGUAGAGGAUACGGGAAAGGAAGGAGGGAACGAGAGCACAGUUCUUGCCGGCGGAUCAAACGCACAGCGAGAGGACAGUGAAACGCUAAGCUCUCAAAGUCGCCCACAGUUCUUUGAGGCUUGCACUUUCAGGAAGUGUCUGCAUUGUUUUGUGGAUUUGCGAAUCCGAAUUCGGAUUGGCUUCAGCUCGCUAUGGCUCUGCCCAUCAAUAUGAGGAUGCCUAUUUGAAGAUAAGAAUGGGCUCAAGCCCUGGGUACUCUCUCGAAGCUGGAUGCGGAGACUGGUCUCAAUCCUGCCUACUUGAGCAUACCGGAUCAAUGUGACAGUGUUUUGUUGACAGGUCAGACUAGAUCAAGUGCAGAUCACUCCGGUCUUUAGUCGGGGAAUAGAAACGUGGCGUAAACAUACAGAGGCACGAGCCUGGUAGGAGGCGAGUGGGAGGUGGUUAAGCUACUAAUGGAGAUGGGCGCUAGGUGGCAGCAUGCGGUGUUCCUGCUCGUGGCAAUUCUUCUCCACAGGUCUCUGCCCAGCGAAUGUGGUAGGGACAGGUGGAGGUAUGAGCAGGUACAAGCAAUAGCAGAUUUCCAUCGCAGGCUGAAUCAACUGGCAGAUUGCCCUGUCGAUUUCACUCUGGUGAACUAUAGGCCUUUUCGUAGAUCUUGCCACCCUGCUAGGAUGACAAAGAGGACCUGCUGCUUGGCAUUUUCCAGACUUGCAAAUCCCUACCUUACACACCUAAGGAACCCGUCAACUGAAUGUGCAGACGAUUUCUUCAGCGCACUGCGGUCCUUCGGAUACAACACAGCGAUGCUCGUUCAGCUUUGUCCCCACUGAUCUUGGAGCGAAUGAAUGGCGAAGGAGAGGGAGGUGCUUUGUUAUCGCAAACACAGGAGAGGGAGGACAAAAGAGGUAGAGGAGAAGAGAGUGGUGGGGGUGCAAGCAAGCGAGCGAGCGAGAGAGAGAGAGAGAGAGAGAGAGAGAGAGAGAGAGAGAGAGAGAGAGAGAGAGAGAGAGAGAGAGAGAGAGANGAGAGAGAGAGAGAGAGAGAGAGAGAGAGAGAGAGAGAGAGAGAGAGAGAGAGAGAGAGAGAGAGAGAGAGAGAGAGAGAGAGAGAGAGAGAGAUGGUUGCAGAACCGCCAUCAUAUCAUCAUUCCUGCUGAGAAGGAUGGUGAUGAUGGUUGUGGUUUUGCUCAUAGACAAUGACGGAGAUUCACUGAUCCACGUGAUUGUGGGUUCUUGCUCUCCAUGAAGGUUUCAACGGUUUUGGUCGAUUAGCUGCCCGUUGAAGUGUGUGAUGAUCUGAAUACAGGCUUCAUCGGCUUAUUAGCCGAUACAUCACAGCCGCUCAAGCUCUGCUUGUGGUUUUAGGUAUUCUACUAUUCGCUCUUGCUUGAUAUUCAACUGUGCUGUUUUGACGGUGUCAUCCCAUCGGCUCCUGUGCUCAUAGAUGGCUGCACUUCAUUCUCCCAGCGACAGCGUUGUUGGUAUAUGGACAACAAGCCAUUGAGCCGAAAGAGAUGCACUGGUAUGCUCGAUGCUCCUUAGUCUCUGUGAACCCAAGAUUACUGGCCUAUUUGAGUGCCUUUGAGUCUCUGUUGACUUCAUUGACUGUCGAGCGGAGGUAAAGUAACGUGAUUAUUGCGAACAAAAAGCAGAUCGCCUG